UUCCCUCACAGUCUAUCCUCAAUUCCUCGUUAAUAUCUCUCUCCUCCACAGUCCGUGCUUAUAUCAAGUAAACAAGAAGUACUGAUAAAAAAUAACACCCAGAAUCUGAUAUGGGAAAUAUCAUCUGUUGUUACUCUUUGGGGCCCCAGCCACGGGCCGCGAAGCUCAUUGACGUUCACGGAAAUUUACGACUUAUUAAGGUCCCAAUAACUGUCGCCGAGCUCAUGCUCGAAGAACCAGGCCACGUGAUUUCUCCGGUCGAAGUUCUCCGGCGAACUAGUCGGUUUGAGGCCAUGAAAGCCGAUGAAGAACUAUCUUCCGGAAAGCUUUACAUGUUGGUUCCCGCAAAUAGGAUUCACUGUUUGCUGUCGGAAUCGGAAAUGGCGCUUGUAAAAUUUUCUUGUGAGAAAAAGAAGGCGAAACGACGUAGUUCUAAGAUUUUGCCGGCAUUGACCCAGGAAGGCGGUGAGAAGGGUGAGGGAUCCAACGAUCCGGUACCGGUUUUGGGUGGGGAAAAUUCCGGUUUACCAUGUUACCGAUUGAGACAGUGGAGGCCCGCUCUUGAGCCCAUUUCAGAGGGGGCUUGAGAAACGUUUCUUUAUUAUUAUUUGUUUUCGGGAUUCGGAUAGUUUUCAAAUAUUCCACGUGGUGUUCUUUAUAUAUGAUAUGCCACGACAGGUGGGACCAAAGGUCAUCUGACAUGGCAAGGCAGUGGGACCAGGUCCAUAUAUUUUUUCUUAGAAUAUGUGAUUAGGAUCUCUUUGGAUUGCAGAAGCUGUACAACUGAAAUUCUUACCCUGAAAUUAUACCCAUUCAUUCUUCCCUAUUAGCACC